UAAAGGGAUGGAUGGUUGAGUCGAAGAAUUUACUUGGGUUGGGUGGGCGUCGAGACGGACCCCAACCUCAAGUGAUGUCAGUAGAAUAGAAUAGAAUCUCUCAUCAACAAAAAGCGAAGUGAGAAGAGAGAGAGAGAGAGAGAGAGAGAGAGAGAGUAAUUGUCGUAAUCAAAAGACCAAGACAAUAAAGCUGACACAGCCACCACUCCGCCACCAGCAGGCAGCCGAGCCGCCGUUGCCGGCCGCCAUCUCUGCGAGGGUGGGUGGUCCACCCCUCUACUGUCUCCUCUCCUCUCUUGUUCCUUUCUGCCUACACACCUACAAUUUUCCUUCCCCAAUCCAUCUUACGUGUUUCCUGCUGACAUUCUGAUCUGAGGUUAGUUAAUUUCAUGGAUUCAUCGCUCCCCUUUCAAUUAACACACACGACAAAUUAGGUUAAGGGUUUUUAAUUGGAGACAAAUCCUCAAUUUUUGCAAUCCCCUUUCUGAAGCUUGAUUGCAGAGCUGCAGUUUGUCUCCCUCCUCAGUUAUCAUGAUCUGCUACUAGAUCGAUCGAUCGAGAGAGAGAAAGAGAAAGCAAGCAAGAGUUGUGUGAGAAGUCCGUACAAAGCUAUCCCUCUUUUAUAUUCUCUCUUUUUCGUAAGUGUUAAGCUGAAGAAGAAAAAAGCCAAGGGGCAGGUGGCUCUUCCGCAAUGAUUUCUCUCUCAUAUAUGACCUUUCUCUCUCUCUCUCUAACUUAAUCUGCGAUUCCCGCAACUUUCAUUCCGCACAGUAGUAAAUCUGUGCAGAUUUCGUCGGUUUUGCACCAAGAUUUAUUCUUAAAAUUGGUUUGGCCUUUUCUACAUUAGAGGAUAAAUUAAACCCUGGGCUGGGCUUGGGUAGGUGGAGAAGAAAUCAAAGCUCAUGCACCAUUGCCUCUCCUAAUCCCAACAGACAACUCUGGAUUGCAUACAUAUCUCUUCCGUUGAAUAAUCUUUACCAGCGCAGACCAAUAUGGAGCCGCGCAGAAAUGAUCAGGACAGACUGAAGCACCAGCAAGAUCACCGUGUGAAGCCUCCGGAGACGCAGCAGAUGGCGCCGCCGCCGCCGCAGAAGUGCCCGCGCUGCGACUCCGCCAACACCAAGUUUUGCUAUUACAACAACUACAGCCUCUCACAGCCGCGCUACUUCUGCAAGGCCUGCAGGAGGUACUGGACGCACGGCGGAACCCUAAGAAACGUCCCCGUGGGCGGCGGCUGCCGCAAGAGCAAGCGCCCCAAACCCUCCUCCGCCCCCUCUUCCUCCGCCGGCGAGAUCGGCCGCAGUAGUCAGCCCGCCAUCCCAUCUCAAAACCUGACGCCUUUGAAUUCGGGUCAGCAGCCAAUGAGGCCUUUCCCUCCGAUUAUGUCGUCCAUGGCCAACACCUUCUACAGCGGCGGCUCCUUUCUCUCCUCUUUGGCCGCCAUGCAAUCUUUAUCCACCGGAAUCAGCCAAGCCCCGGCGCUCAAUUUGGGUGGCGGAGGCGGAGGCGGCCAAUACGAUGCGCUUUUGCAAGGGGUGAGCCUUCCAUUGAAACCCCAGCCGCCGCCGCCCCACCAAUUUCAGCUGCAGAUUAAUGAUCACUACUUUCCAUCGCAACACAACUUGACUACACCGCCGCCGCGGCCUUCUUGGACUCAAAGCUUCAUCAAUAGAGGUCCGGCCGCAGCCGCCACCACCUCCGCCGCAAGCUCGAGUUUUUGGACCGGCGACGGCGACAACCAGGCCGGUUCUUCUUUCAACCCGAAUCACUGGCAAGAUAGCAACCCGGGGUUUGAUCCAUCUUCUCAGUGAAUUUUAGAAAUUUCUAGAUUUCUGUUGCACACACAUAUCUAUCUCGUUCAUUAUUAGGUUUCGAUCUCCCUUUUUUUCUCAAUCGAGUAUUUUUGGUUUAUAAUUUUUCUUGAAAAAAAAAAAAAAGAAGAUGGGGUGUUUUAGGUUGCAAACUAUGAAUUGCAGAAAAUUGUAAACGGAUUGGAUAUUUCUAAUGAUGCAGAUGUGUAUACACAAUGUUGUAAUUAACCAUCUUAUAGAGAUUCAGUUUAAGUUGGGUUA